AUGGAGUUGUGGGCUGAUGCUACUGAUGGCGGUCCCAUCAUUGAUUGUGAAGUGAGAAGUUUGCAGUACAUUUUGGAGAACCUGUCAGUCACGGUCGGCGCUGAGACGUAUUUACGGUCAGAGCUGAAGGCUGCAGCUGCAGAUGAAGUGGCCGAUGCCCCAGAUGUGGUCUCGCCCAACUUCACCCCACCAGCUGCUUCCGGAGCCUCGCCCCGUGCCUCAGCCUCCCGGCGUUCCGCAGCCUCCACAGUGCCGGAGACGGCUUCAGAGCUGGCCACGCCCAAGGCCAAGGCGAAGGCCAUGCCGCUGUCGCCCAAGGCCAGCCCCAAGGCCGCAGCGAAGGCCGCAGCGAAGGCGGCAGUGAGUCCAAAGGUUUCGAGUCCAGCUCCUUCAGCUGCGGUUUCAGUUGCGUCCGUUGCUUCACCCAAGGCAACACCAAAAGCAGCCACCCCAAAGGUAGCCACUCCCAAGGCAAAGCCCAAGUCACCAGCGCCCAAAGCAGCAACGCCCAAAGCACCAGAAACGGCUUCCUCACCUACAGCACCUAAAACAAUCGCUUCCCCAGCACCAAAAGCAACAGCCUCCCCUCCAGCCCCAACUCCAGCAGCAUCUCCAGCUCCAACCCCAGCCCCGACCCCCGCAUCUUCAGCAUCUCCAGCUGCAUCUCCAGCAGCAUCUCCAGCCCCAAAGGCUGCACCUGAACCCAGACCGGCAAGUCCUGAAGCUCCAAGGACGAGAAUCAGAGAAAAGUCGCCGCCUCCACCAGCACCAGCUGCGCCGCAGCCCUCACCACCCAGGGAGCCAACUCCCAAGGCUGCAAGUGCAAAGAAGGCGGAGCCACAAGCUGAGCCAGCACAGAAGGCGCAAAGCCCUGCCAAAGAACAGGACCCGCUGGGUGCCUGCCUGCAACGCGAGCAGAGUGCCUCGAUGGCGCUGGAGAAGGCGAAAGCGGCCGAGCAGCGGCUGCCAGCCUUGGAGCAGGAGAUUGUGAAGCUUCAGAGUAGCUUCGAUAGGGCCACCGCAGCAGCCGACAAGGCCCGUGCGGCCGCGCAGUCGGCGCAGACGGCGGCGGAGAGGGCCGGGAAGGAGCAGCACAUUUUGGAACAAACGCUGCAGGCCAAGAAGCAGGAAGCAGGAGAAGCGGCCAAAGAGGUUCAGAGAAAGACCGAGCUUGAGAAAGCCCUGGCAGAGGCCAAGCUGCAGAGGGAGAAAGCUGAGGCUGAAAAAGCAAAGACUGCGAUGCCCAAAGCGGCCGCAAAGGAGGCUUCUACACCAAAACGCCGUGGAAGACCUCCGAAGACGACAUAG